CUCUCACAUUCCCUCUCUCCUCCCUCUUUCUCUCUUAGCCUCUUGCGUAGAAGGACGCAGUAGCUGGUACAGCAGCCUCUCUGCUCUACUUGUCAUUUCCUAUAGUUAUCUCUCUAUUUAGGCUUUUUAGCCUACUCCAACUUUCUCUGCGUCGUUGAGCUGCUCAGACCACAAUGAACGGGCCAGUGGACGGAUUGUAUGACGCUGAGCACUAUGGGUCAUUCAUGUUUACCUCUGAGUCUGUGGGAGAAGGACACCCAGAUAAGAUAUGUGACCAGAUCAGUGACGCUGUGCUGGAUGCUCACCUGAAGCAGGACCCAGAUGCCAAGGUGGCCUGUGAGACUGUGUGUAAGACUGGCAUGGUGCUGCUCUGUGGGGAGAUUACAUCUCGGGCCAACGUGGACUACCAGACGAUUGUGAGGGAUACCAUCAGGCAAAUCGGCUAUGACAACUCAGAUAAAGGUUUUGACUAUAAGACCUGUAACCUGCUGGUGGCUCUGGAGCAGCAGUCCCCUGACAUCGCCCAGGGAGUUCACAUAGACCGGAUGGAGAGUGACAUUGGAGCAGGAGACCAGGGUCUGAUGUUUGGCUAUGCCACUGAUGAGACCGAGGAGUGCAUGCCUCUCACCAUCGUCCUCGCCCACAAACUCAAUGCCAAGAUGGCUGAACUGAGGCGGAACGGCACUGUCCCCUGGCUCCGCCCUGACUCCAAGACACAGGUGACAGUUCACUACACCCAGGAGAACGGGGCGGUGAUCCCUCGUAGAGUUCACACAGUGGUCAUCUCAGUGCAGCACGACGACUACGUGAGCCUGGAGGAGCAGAAGGAGAUCCUGAAGGAGAAGGUCAUCAAGGCCGUUGUGCCGGCCAGAUACCUGGACGACAACACCAUCUAUCACCUGCAGCCCAGCGGACGCUUUGUCAUUGGCGGGCCCCAGGGUGAUGCUGGGGUAACCGGUAGGAAGAUCAUUGUGGACACGUAUGGUGGCUGGGGUGCCCACGGUGGCGGGGCCUUCUCUGGUAAGGACUACACCAAGGUGGACCGGUCUGCCGCUUACGCCGCACGCUGGGUCGCCAAGUCCCUGGUCAAGUCCAAUCUGUGCAGGAGGGUGCUGGUGCAGGUGUCCUAUGCCAUCGGAGUGGCAGCCCCAUUGUCUAUUUCCCUGUUCACCUAUGGUUCCUCCCAGAAGAGUGAGAAGGAGCUGCUGCAUAUCGUCAACAAGAACUUUGACCUCCGGCCUGGGGUCAUUGUCAGAGACCUGGACUUGAAAAGGCCCAUCUACCAGAAGACAGCCUGCUAUGGCCACUUUGGCAGGAAGGAGUUUCCCUGGGAGGUGGCCAAGAACCUCAACUUCUAGUGUGUGGAGCAGCAGGAAACGGGCAGCGGUGACAUGGGCAGCUUUCUAUGUUCUGCUGUUGACCAGUGCACGACAGCCAUGCUGGUAGCUGUUAGGGGUGCAGGGGAGGGUGGGCAAGGGUGGAGUAGGGGGGAGUGUACUCUCUCUCGCUCUCUCUUUGGCUGAAAACUGAAAACCCAAACAUCUCGGUCAUUUGAUGAGGGGUGGCUAUGACCUCAAUGGUCAUUAGAUAUGUGAGAUGGCUGUUUAGUAUUUUCAAAGUAUUUUUAGCAUACACUACACACCCCCAUACAUGUGGCUUGUCUCACAAACAUAACUUCCUUUUUGGUGCAGUUUUCGUUUUUUUGUUUGUUUUCAGUAAUGCCUAAAAUAUUAAGAUGGAUAAAAAAGAAAUUGACCAAAUCUAAAGGUAGAAUAGCCAUACUUUACAUAGCAGUUCUAUAUUCUUUAAGGCCCAAUGCAGCCGUUUUUUAUCUCAAUAUCAAAAUAAUUGGGGUAACAAUUAAACACCUUACUGUAGUAAUUUUCCAUUAAAAUGGUCAUGGCUUUUUAGCAAAUAGCAUUUUUGCAAAAAACAACAGCGUGAGUGAGCGACCUAAUUGGAGGCGCCUAAUGGGAAGGAUAUGUAACCUGAAAAAUAGCUAUUAUUGGCAGAGAGAUUUGGAACUCUCUUUGUUAUUGGUCUAUUAAUUUUACCGCCUGGUGAUGUCACCAGGCAAGCCAAAACUCCACCCCCUGCUUUGUGAAACUAAUUCAAAUCAAGCUGCAAAUCUCUUUGAAAGAUACACGACUUCUACAUGCUUUUAUGUUAGAAAGCUUUUAUUGUAGAAAGAUUAGCAGAGGCAGGGCUAGCUUUUUCUGAGUGUGAAGGGUUUAGACUCUAAACUUUAGAGUAAUGGUUUGUAGCCACAUUUAGUUUCAAUCUAGAAAAAACUACUGAGAAUGUUGUGUCAGUGCUGUUACCUUGUGCCGCUUGCCUCGUCAUCUACAUAACCAUCUCUCUCGCAUUACUGUAACUGCUCUAAAACCAGGUGAACUCAGAUCCUUCAUACAGUUUGUCAAUAGAUAACACAGGAAAAUGUAAAUAGGGUUUUGAACAAUAAAACAUUAAAUGUA